AUGGCUGAGGUAGACGAUCCACGAAAGCAAUCUAACGCACCAGGAGUUGGAUUAACACUUGCCGAAAGCGAUUUUGUAUUUUCUACCAAAAGGCAUACUGGUUCUGAAAACACCUAUAUAAUUCGACCCAACUUUUCACAGAAGUUUCGUCCAGCUGCAGUGAAGGAGGUCAUACACCUGGUACUUACAGAAAAGCUACAAGGAAAAUCCUACAGUCCUGAAGACACAACUGUAUGGACCAAAGAAAUCUCAGAUGCUGUCAAGUCCAGGUUGAAAGAAAUGGGUUAUGAUAGGUACAAAUUUGUGGUCCAGGCUGUUAUAGGAGAGCAGAAAGGAGAGGGUGUCAAGAUGGCUUGUAGAUGUUUCUGGGACUCUGAUACAGAUAAUUAUGCACAAGAUAUUUUUAUAAAUGAUUCUCUCUUCUGUGUGACUGCAGCCUUUGGUGUUUUCAAGUACUAG